GAUGAAGAGGACAAUGAUGUUGAACACCCUCUCUCUGAGCUGAAACAAUUGUCAGACUCUGGAUAUAAGAAAUGUUCUACAAAGAAGAAAAAUGUGGAGUCAUGUAGAAAAGGCCACACAGGAGUGAAGCUUAGCUGCAAAGACUGUGGUAAAACAUUUAUUAAAAAAUACGCUUUAAACAGACACAUGAGAAUCCACACAGGAGAGAAGCCUUUCUGUUGUGUUCUGUGUGGACAAAGCUUUAUUGAAAGAGGAAAUUUCAACAGACACAUGAUCAUCCAUACAGGAAAGAAGCCUUUCUGUUGUGAUCUAUGUGAACAAAGAUUUAGCCAAAAAUCAGCUUUAAACAGACACAUGAGAAUUCAUACAGGACAGAAGCCUUUCUGUUGUGACCUAUGUGGACAUAGAUUUAGCGAGAAAGAAACUUUAGACAAACACAAGAGAAUCCAUACAGGACAGAAGCCUUUCUGUUGUGAUCUAUGUGGAAAAAGAUUUAGUCACAAAACAGCUUUAAACACACACAUGAGAAUCCAUACAGGAGAGAAGCCUUUCUGUUGUAAUGUAUGUGGACAAAGAUUUAGUCAAAAAGGAAAUUUGAACAAACACACAAGAAUCCAUACAGGCGAGAAGCCUUUUUGUUGUGUUCUGUGUGGACAAAGCUUUAUUCAAAAAGGAACUUUAAACGAGCACAUGACAAUCCAUUCAGGACAGAAGCCUUUUUGUUGUGAUCUAUGUGGGCAAAGAUUUAAUCAAAAAAGAAAUUUAAACGUACAUAUGAGAAUCCAUACAGGAGAGAAGCCUUUUUGUUGUGAUCUAUGUGGACAAAGCUUUAGUCACAAAUCAGCUUUAAACACACACAUGAGAAUCCAUACAGGAGAGAAGCCUUUCUGUUGUAAUGUAUGUGGGAAAAAGUUUAGCCAUACGGGACCUUUAAACAUACAUAUGAUAAUCCAUACAAGACAGAAGCCUUUCUGUUGUGACCUAUGUGACAAAACCUUUAGUCAUAGUUCAAAUUUAAACAGACACAUGAUAAUCCAUACUGGAGAGAAGCCUUUCUUUUGUGAUCAAUGUGGACAAAGAUUUGGCCUAAAAUCAAAUUUUAAAAUACACAUGAGAAAACAUACUAAGCAAGACAAGGCAAGUUUGUUUUUAUAGCACAUUUCAGUACAAGGACAACGCAAGUGCUUUACGUGAUGAAAAGGAAAAUAAAAACAAACAAGCAGUUAAAAUUAAACAGAAAAAUGGAAACGAGCAAAUAUAAAGGAUUUUAUAAACAAUUGGACUACAAAUUUAAACAAAUUAUGUUUCAGUUAACAGUUCAACUAGAACAGUCAAAGACUAACAAGUAUUUUAAAGUCUAUUUCCUGAGAUACAGGGAGUUGGUGUAAGGACUUUAGGACCAGGUCCAUGUCCUCUACUUUCUUAGUAUUAGUGAAGACGUGAGCAGCUGUGUUCUGGAUCAAUUGCAGAUUUCGGAUCGACUUUUUUGGUGGACUUCCGUUUCAGUUUUUGACUAAAAUUAAAUCUGUGGGUUAUUUUUUUGCAUAGCUUGCUGAGACAUCAGUCCUUCAAUCCUGGAAAUGUUCUUCAGGUGAUAGAAGGUAAACUUUGUAAUCGCAUUUAGAAGCCUUUGAAGGUUCAUGCCUGAGUCCAUUAGUGCAACGGCCCCCAAACUGGGGUCCUUGAAACUAUGUUGUCGGGCCUGUGGAAGCACUGCCGAACAUGCGUCGUGGUUGAGCUAAGUAUCAUAAUGGACAAAUAUUUAAGGUUGCCCACCAUGUAAGGUCAAAGCCAGAUCAGCUAAAAUUAGGAAGUAUGACAACAGUUACGAGUUUGGCUAUAUGGACAAUGGGGGUGGGAGACCAAAAUGUGUUUGUGUUCAACUGCUAGCAAACAAGCUUUUUAUGUGGUGGCAUAGCGCAUCACAAACAGUAAGAAGAUACACUUAAUAGGAAAGGACCUUGUCCUUCCUGCCCCGGUGGACAUGUCUGAGGUUCUACUUGGCACAGAUGCAGCUAACAAGUUAAAAACUGUCCAGCUUUCAGGUGACGUGGUGAAGAGAAGAAUUAAAGAACUGUUGGCUGAUAUUGAGGAACAGUUUUUGAAUGGACUGUGUUCAUGUGAAAUUAGUUUUUCAUCCAUGCCUCCAAGAAUAAACUCUGUGGGGGGAGACAGGCUCAUCCUUCUCACUAAUUGUCAAGAGGUUAUUGAUGAAUGGCUUGACUGUGUGUUACAAAGCCUGAAGCAGAUAUUCAUAAGAAUGUUUUUUUUUUUUGGUUUUCUGCCAUUAGUUUGAAUAAUGUUAAUUGUGCUAACAUGUAACCAAUGAAUGUAGUUUAUUCUGAUAAAUGGACCAAAUAGG